AUGGCUGCGGAACCCAAUGCAGCCAUGCAUGAGGCUGAGCAGAGACAGCAGAAUUCAGGCUCAGAGGUUCUAGAUAACAUAGUAUCAGCUUCAAACUUUAAUCGAGACGAGGUUGAUAGACUACGGAAACGAUUUAUGAAGCUAGAUAAGGAUAACUCUGGCACGAUUGAGCGCGAUGAGUUUCUUUCCCUUCCACAAGUAUCUUCAAACCCGCUUGCGACACGAAUGAUUGCGAUUUUCGACGAAGAUGGUGGCGGUGAUGUCGACUUCCAAGAAUUCGUCUCGGGCCUAUCGGCUUUCAGUUCUAAAGGAAAUAAAGAGGAGAAGCUGCGCUUCGCCUUUAAGGUCUACGAUAUUGACCGUGACGGGUACAUUUCGAACGGGGAACUGUUCAUCGUGCUGAAGAUGAUGGUGGGAAGCAAUUUAAAGGACAUGCAACUUCAGCAGAUUGUGGAUAAGACGAUUAUGGAGGCGGAUAAGGAUGGCGAUGGGAAGAUUAGCUUUGAGGAAUUUACGCGCAUGGUGGAAAAUACGGAUGUCAGCAUGAGUAUGACUUUGGAUCAAUUCUGA